UAUAACUGUAUAAUUUCCCUCUAUUAAUGUUCCUCUUAUUCUUCCCUCCAUUUAGGUAGUUCUAGACAUUAUGGCAUUUUCAUUCACAUUUCUGUUCCAGUUCUUGCUUCUUGCCCCAUCUGUGAUCUAUGCUUCUCCAGUUCAAGACCCUGAAUUAGUGGUCCAGGAAGUGCAAAAGAGCAUCAAUGGAUCAAGGAGAAACUUGGGGUAUCUUUCUUGUGGAACAGGGAACCCCAUUGAUGAUUGUUGGAGGUGUGACCCUAAUUGGGAAAGAAACCGCAAGCGUUUAGCUAGUUGUGCAAUUGGGUUUGGUAAGCAUGCCAUAGGUGGAAAAGAUGGAAAAAUAUAUGUGGUGACUGACUCUAGUGAUAACCCUGUGAACCCGAAGCCAGGAACAUUGAGACAUGGCGUUAUUCAACAAGAGCCAUUGUGGAUAAUUUUCAAGCAUGACAUGGUGAUCAAGCUACACAAGGAUCUCUUAGUUAAUUCUUACAAAACCAUUGAUGGAAGAGGAGCAACCAUCCACAUUGCUGGAGGAGGACCUUGCAUUAGAGUGCACAAGAAGACCAAUAUCAUAAUCCAUGGCAUACACAUCCAUGAUUGCAAAAGGGGUGGCAGUGGUUAUGUGAGUGACUCUCCUAACCAUCGUAGCUGGAGUGCGAGAUCGGAUGGUGAUGGGAUCACAAUCUUUGGUGGGAGUCAUAUUUGGGUGGACCAUUGCUCCUUGUCAAACUGUUUUGAUGGCCUCAUUGAUGUUGUUCAUGGCUCAACGGCCAUCACCAUUUCCAACAAUUACAUGAUACACCAUAACAAGGUCAUGCUCUUGGGACACAGUGAUUCCUAUAAAGCUGACAAGAAUAUGCAAGUCACCAUUGCCUUCAACCAUUUUGGAGAAGGGCUUGGAGGAAGAAUGCCGAGAUGCAGGUUUGGAUAUUUCCAUGUUGUGAACAAUGAUUACACACAUUGGCAACAUUAUGCAAUAGGUGGGAGUUCAUCCCCAACUAUUUUCAGCCAAGGCAAUAGAUUUCUUGCUCCAAAUGAUGAUGACCACAAAGAGGUGACCAAACAUUUUAAAUCAUCAAAGAGUGAGUGGAGGAAAUGGAAUUGGAGGUCUGAAGGAGAUAUAAUGUUGAAUGGUGCCUUCUUCACGCCGUCCGGAGCGGGGGCAACUGCUAGGUAUGAUAAAGCGUCAAGCAUGGCAGCACGACCACCUAUGCUUUUGUCUUACAUGACAGCUGGGGCUGGAGCGCUUAGAUGCAACAAGGGCAAUCUAUGCCACUAGACUGCCAGUAGUAUCGAUAGUUCUUAGAAAACAAUUAAUUAAUUGAACUAUGCUACAACUUUUUGGCUUGCCAAAAUUUCCAUUUUUCUAGUUUAAGUGUUAAAAUACUACAUCAGCUGUGACAUCCAUUCCCAUUAAGGGGCAAUGAAUGAUAGAACCGUGCUGUAGAACAGGGAAUCGAACAGAGUAUUAAGAGGGGGGGGAAAUUGCUCUCUGUUGAUCAAGUAGCCUUCAUAGUCCAUAGUUUAAAUUGAAGCUGCUGUAAUCAAGUGACUAAGUGUAAGUGGUUAAUGUGUUAAAAGUAAAAUCAUUUAGAUAUUAUUUGAA